AUGGUCAACGACGAGCGCGUAAAGUGGAAGGUUACUUCCAAACUGCAGAAGGGCCGGCUUCUGGCAGCCGUGAACUGUCUUGCCGGGCUGGCGAUUUUCUUUUUUGGAUACGAUCAAGGGAUGAUGGGCGGCGUGAAUGGUUCCCAGUCCUAUCUUGAGGUUAUGGGCCUUGGCUAUAUGGAGAAUGGCGAGGCUGUUGUUACCGGUUGGGUUCCACGCAUUAAUGGCCUUAAGGAUUCAUUAUAA